CCUAGGCUGAGGGCCGGGCCCACUGCACCACGGUCACGGUAGUACGUCAUCAGGAUGCGCCGGGGAGCGGAAGUGACGCGUUUGUCCCGCGCUGGCUGGCGCUGCAGCCUCUCUCCUUAGUCUCCGGCGGCGGGCGGUGCUGGCGUUCGUUCUGACUCAAAUGGGUGAUGAAAAGGACUCUUGGAAAGUGAAAACUUUAGAUGAAAUUCUUCAGGAAAAAAAACGAAGGAAGGAGCAAGAAGAGAAGGCAGAGAUAAAACGCAUUAAAAAUUCUGAUGAUCGGGAUUCAAAGCGGGAUUCCCUUGAAGAGGGGGAGCUGAGAGAUCACCGUAUGGAGAUAACAAUCAGGAAUUCACCUUACAGGAGAGAAGAUUCUAUGGAAGAUAGAGGAGAGGAGGAUGAUUCCUUGGCUAUCAAACCACCACAGCAAAUGUCACGGAAGGAAAAAGCACAUCACAGGAAAGAUGAGAAGAGGAAAGAGAAACGUAGACAUCGUAGUCAUUCAGCAGAAGGAGGGAAGCAUGCCAGGGUAAAAGAGAAGGAACGUGAGCAUGAACGUAGGAAAAGACAUCGAGAAGAGCAGGAUAAGGCUCGACGUGAAUGGGAAAGGCAGAAGAGGAGGGAAAUGGCUAGGGAGCAUUCCAGGAGGGAGAGGGAUCGUCUAGAGCAGCUUGAGCGAAAACGAGAACGGGAGAGAAAAAUGCGAGAGCAACAAAAAGAGCAAAGGGAACUAAAAGAACGGGAAAGGCGAGCUGAAGAAAGGCGCAAGGAACGGGAGGCCAGACGAGAAGUUUCUGCACAUCAUAGAACAGUGAGGGAAGAUUAUGGAGACAAAGUAAAAAUAAGAACCUGGAGUCGCAGCCCAUUACGACAGCAAAGAGAGAAGCUUGAGCAAGGAGAUGGCAGGAAGCCAGUAAAAGAGGAGAAAACAGAGGAAAGAGACCUGCUUUCAGAUUUGCAAGACAUCAGUGACAGUGAGAGAAAAACUAGCUCAGCGGAGUCUUCGUCAGGAGAAUCUGGAUCUGGUUCAGAGGAAGAGGAGGAGGAAUCUAGCAGUGGAGAAUCAGAAGAGGAGGAGGAGGAAGAAGAAGAAGAGGAGGAGGAGGAAGAGGAGGAGGAGGAGGAGACAGGAAGCAAUUCUGAGGAAGUGUCUGAACAGUCAGCUGAAGAGGUGAGUGAAGAAGAAAUGAGUGAAGAAGAAGAGCGAGAGAAUGGAAAUCACAUUCCAAUUGUUACAGAGUCAAGGUUUGAUCGAGAUUCAGCUGGAAGUGAAGGAGAAGAGGAGGAAGUGGGGGAGGAGACCCCACAUUCCAAUGCAAUGACAGAAGGAGAUUAUGUUCCUGAUUCUCCAGCUUCAUCACCCAUUGAGUUGAAACAAGAACUACCCAAGUACCUUCCUGCACUGCAGGGAUGUCGUAGUGUGGAGGAAUUUCAGUGUUUGAACAGGAUUGAAGAAGGAACAUAUGGUGUGGUGUACAGGGCAAAAGACAAAAAAACUGAUGAAAUUGUGGCUCUGAAGCGACUGAAAAUGGAAAAGGAAAAAGAAGGCUUUCCCAUUACCUCUCUACGAGAAAUAAACACCAUUCUGAAAGCACAGCACCCAAAUAUAGUCACUGUUAGAGAAAUUGUUGUGGGCAGUAAUAUGGAUAAAAUCUAUAUCGUAAUGAAUUAUGUAGAACAUGACCUCAAGAGUCUGAUGGAAACCAUGAAACAGCCAUUUUUACCAGGUGAAGUGAAAACUUUGAUGAUUCAGUUAUUACGUGGAGUCAAGCACCUUCAUGACAACUGGAUACUUCAUCGGGACUUAAAAACCUCCAACCUGCUGCUGAGUCAUAAAGGCAUUUUAAAAGUUGGAGAUUUUGGACUGGCCCGAGAGUAUGGGUCACCUCUGAAGCCUUAUACACCUGUAGUUGUGACACUGUGGUACAGGGCACCAGAGCUGUUACUUGGCGCCAAGGAAUACUCCACUGCAAUAGACAUGUGGUCAGUAGGUUGUAUAUUUGGAGAACUGUUAACUCAGAAACCGCUGUUUCCAGGAAAAUCAGAAAUUGACCAGAUUAACAAAGUUUUUAAGGACCUGGGUACCCCGAGUGAGAAAAUCUGGCCUGGGUACAAUGAGCUGCCAGCUGUAAAGAAGAUGACAUUCACAGAGUAUCCCUAUAACAACUUGCGCAAGAGGUUUGGGGCACUCCUUUCUGAUCCAGGUUUUGAUCUCAUGAACAAGUUCUUGACAUACUAUCCAGGCAGAAGAAUCACUGCUGAAGAUGGUUUGAAGCAUGAGUAUUUCCGAGAGACUCCCCUUCCUAUUGACCCAUCCAUGUUUCCAACCUGGCCAGCAAAAAGUGAACAACAAAGAGUUAAGCGUGGCACAAGCCCCCGACCUCCAGAGGGAGGACUUGGGUAUAGUCAAUUGGGUGAUGAUGAUCUGAAAGAUACAGGUUUUCACCUGACUACCACAAAUCAAGGAGCAUCGGCAGCAGGACCUGGCUUCAGCCUCAAGUUUUAAACUUAAUAUGAGGAGGGAAAAAAGACAGAGCUUUGACUUCAACCAUGCUGUUGAUGAAUGGAUUUCAAAGUGCUCCAGUUUUGUCCUUCGCAUCAGGAAGACUCUUUUACACAGAAAUAGCCAGAUGUCAUCUUGCUGGGUGUGGAAUAUAACUGCUGCAUUUCAUUCAGGGGACUGGAAUGAAUGAAUCUGAAAAGCCAAGGAUCAUUACAAAAAUUCAAAAAGGAAAACUUGAAGUACAAUCUCGGAACUGGUUUUGUUUUUUUACUUUUUAAUUUUUUUUGCUUGUAAAUUUGUAGAAUUAAAAUCCAUUUUUAAUUGUUCAACAGUGUGAAGGAUUUCAUUUUCUUCACCUGCACCAGACUUGGAUGGUAGAGGCACUAAAUCUUCUAGAGAGGAAACUUAGAGACAUUUUUCUCUCUCCAUCAUCCCCAUUUGCGCUUACACAAAUUGAAGCAUAUUGUCAGCACAGGUAGAAAAGCUCUUUUGUAAAGAUUAUCAUCUGUUUGAAUUCCGUUGCUUAUUUGAGCAAGAAACCCUAAAGGCAUUUCUGAGGUGUCUCUCCUAUUCUGUGCUUUGGAGAGAGCCAUGUUGUGCUGCGCUUAAUACUUACUGACCUUUUUUGAGCGCACUGAUGGCCCCAAGUGGUUUCUGAUGGAUUGACCACUUCACUGUUUGACCUACUGUAUGUAUAUAUUCACAAUGGCUGUGGUACAGAACAAGAGCUGCAAUAUUUUAUAAAUCAAAAAGAUUUAAAUCUUUAGUAUUUUCUAUAGGUUGUCUUGGUAAUGUCUCCCCUUUUUUCCCAAAAAAGAAAAGGCCCUACAUAUACAUUUCAGGUGUGACUGGUCAGGUGUUUUUCCCUAUUAAAGCUGGGCCUUUAAGAGGGAUCUUUUCUUGUCUGGGUAGAUGAAAGUUCACUUUAACCCCACAGCACUCGAAAGGUGACAUUUCUGCCUUCAGGAACGAUCUUGGUUUUCGUCCUGAGUGGAGGAGGAGUUGGCGCUAUGGUUGGAAAAGGGAAUUCUGUCCACGAGAAGGAAGGGGGAAAAAAUAGUUAAGUCACUUUAUCUCAUUGCAAAGCAUUGCUGAAGAUAACAGUAUUUCUGGGGAACCACAGUGCCUUUUAGAUUUCCUUUUCUGUAUAGUAGUUCUUCAAAGCUUCCUCCUAAAUAAGCAAGUAUUGGAAAGACAUUUCUAUAUGCAGAUAACAUCCUCUCAGUGCAUUUACAUGGCACAAGAUGACAUUGGCAGGCUUCUUUCUAUCAGCACAGCCUUGCCAACACUUGUGAUUUUAGUGCAAGUCUCAUGAUGAUGGGGGAGGGGGGCAGAGGAAGAUUUAAAAUCCUAGGUCCUGGGUUCACAGGAGAAUGUUUACAUAGAACAGCAUUUCAAUGACAGUGCUUAUAUUUUAAGACACAUGGGUUGUGUACUUCCGUUCAGACUAAAGUGCCCUCUUUCCUUUAGUCCAGGCUCACAAAUAUGUUCCUACUGCAUUGUAGCAGGCACACUAAAGCAGCAAUGCCUGUUAACAGGCAUGAUUGACACCCAAUAUGCAAUUCCAGCAUUACCGCCAAUGACCCGCUUUUUCCUCUCUAUUCCCCUAUCUUAUCUGAGAGAGGCUGGAAAUCUGCAACCUGGUAGUUGCUUUGUUAAACAAAUUUCAAAGGGCUGGGUUAGAUAUAGAGGGACAAGUGCAGAGCUGAUGCAGACAGUAUAAGUUAGACCAACCGGCUUUAGCUCACAACUUUCCCACCUCCUACCACAUUGUCAUGUAAGUUAUGCCACCAAAUGCCUCCGCUCCUGAGGGCAAAAUCCAGAGGUAUCUCCCUCAAGAGGAUCUGAUAGGGGAGGGAAGCAGUACAAGGCACAUGAAACAAUUAUAUUUUCACAGCCUCUCAGGGCAUUGGAAUGUUAGAUCAGAGAGGAGGAACACUGACCAGGACAGCCGACUUUUCCAUACUCUAGAAAACAUGCCCUGGUGACUUAAUGUCCACAUCCUGUGGCUGAAAUGCAAUAGGCAAAGCAAGGGUGUUAGGGACAUCACUCAUUGCUGAAUUCUUUGGUCUGGAAGAGUCUUGUCAUUUGUCACUAACAUUCAGAUAGAUCACACAAUUUAACAUUGUCCCUCUAUCAACUCUUAUGACCCUUAACCCCGGAAGAGGAGCUGAUACCGUAGCAGAAGUCACAGCUGGACGGACAGUGCUUUUUCAUCCACUUCCUACGAGUCUCACAGAAACCCUUCCGAGCCCAUGAUGGACAUACGAAUAGUCUGUCUGUGCAGCCUGAAAUGAAAUGAGAAAAAGUAUUAAAAGGACAAGUGCCAGUUCUGAAUGUGAAAAAGUCAUGUGCAAUAAAAUGACAUUGGAUCACA